UAUGUGUCUUGCGGCACCGACUUAUAGUUAAGGUAGCCGAUAGUUCAGGUAUAUAAGAUGAGCGAAUAUCGACGAUUCAUGGCCGUCAUAAUUCCCCAGCUACAUCCGAUCAGAACAAUCAACAAAGCCACUGGCAGCACACCACUCUUCACAGCCACGAGUAAAAAGUCACGGCAAUCACCAUGUCGGCGCAAAGCAACCUUAAGCCCAUCAAGGUCUACGGCAAAGGCGGUCCUAACCCGCCCAAGGUCGCUAUGAUCCUCCAGGAGCUAGACCUUCCCCACGAAAUCAUAGACAUCCAGUUCAGCGAGCUGAAGAAGCCCGACUACCUCGCCGUCAAUCCCAACGGCCGCAUACCCGCCAUCUACGACCCCAACACCGACCUCACGCUGUGGGAGUCCGGCGCCAUUCUCGAGUACCUGAUCGAAAAGUACGACAAGGCCCAGAAGCUGAGCUUCCCGCCAGGGUCCAAGGAGGCAUACCAUGCCAAGCAAUGGCUCUUCUUCCAAACCACCGGCCAGGGUCCGUACUACGGCCAGGGCGUCUGGUUCAACAAAUACCAUCCCGAGAAAGUCCAAAGUGCCAUUGAGCGGUACCUCAACGAAGUGAAGCGCGUCACCGGCGUGAUAGAGGGCCACCUCGCCAAGCAGAAGAAGCAGUACGGGGCGCAGGAAGGCUUUGACGGCCCAUGGUUCGUCGGAAACAAGCUGUCGUAUGUGGACUUUGCGUUCGUGCCGUGGCAGACGGUCGCGGCGGGGUACUUUGCCGAGGCCCUCCCGGAUGGCUUGAAGUUCAACCCGGAUGACUAUCCGCUGGUGAAGGAGUGGCUGGCUAAGCUGAGGGCACGCAAGUCCGUCUCGAGCUCGUUGUCACUCCCGACUAGCUGAGACUUAUCCGGGGGAGGGUACUGGGGACAGAGCCUUUGCUAUGUAUUUUCAGAUGCAGCAGGGCGCAUUGGAGGCACAUUCCCCACAGAAGAGUGUGCGCGGUCUGGAUGUACUGUUAGCCAUGGUGUUUCAGUGUUAAACAAAGUUAUCCAGUUUCUCCAAUCCGAUAGAUAUAUAGCGACCGUCGAGUGUUGUAUCCUUGCGUGCGCAUCCAAUUGACAGAGUGGUUUCUGAGGGAAACUUCCACCUCUACUAGGAGUGGAUCGAGAUUCUGGUGUG